ACCGCCCGCGCCGGUCCUUAACUUCUGUUACCAGAAGUGCCAACUUUUGGGCCGAAGCAUUCGUGCCCCUUCCCACCGCCGCCAUGUUCAAGUGUCUCUUUUCUUCUCGGAGGCCAGGUCCUCGCCGGAAGUGGCUCAUCGCGGUGUCACUCUUUUUCAAGCCCGCGUCGGACUAGUUCCGGCUGCAGAGAGGUGGGGUCUCCGUGAGCGGAGUCCGCUGGCGGCCGGCGCUACCUCUUUUUGAGGCCAGAGGCCUGCGGGGCCAGCUCAGCGCGCCUGCGCCAUGGGAGUCCAGGGGCUGUGGAAGCUGCUGGAGUGCUCCGGCCGCCCGGUCAGCCCGGAGGCGCUGGAGGGCAAGGUGCUGGCUGUCGAUAUUAGCAUCUGGUUAAACCAGGCACUUAAAGGAGUCCGAGAUCGCCAUGGGAAUCCUGUAGAAAAUGCUCAUCUUCUCACGCUGUUCCACCGGCUUUGCAAGCUCCUGUUUUUUCGUAUUCGCCCUAUUUUUGUGUUUGAUGGAGAUGCCCCACUGCUAAAGAAACAGACCUUGGCAAAGAGAAGGCAGAAGAAGGAUUCUGCGUCCACUGACUCCAGAAGAACCACAGAGAAGCUUCUGAAAACCUUUCUGAAGAGACAGGCUCUGAAAACUGCUUUCAGAAGCAAAAGAAAUGAAGCUCUACCGAGUCUUACUCAAGUUCAAAGAGAGGAUGACAUCUAUGUUUUGCCACCUUUGCAAGAAGAAGAAAAACAUAGUUCAGAAGAGGAAGAUGAAAAGCAAUGGCAAGCAAGAAUGGAUCAAAAGCAAGCUCUGCAGGAAGAAUUCUUUCAUAAUCCUCAGGCCAUAGAUAUCGAGUCUGAGGAUUUCAGUAGCCUGCCCCCUGAAGUAAAGCACGAGAUCUUGACUGACAUGAAAGAGUUUACCAAGCGAAGACGAACACUGUUUGAAGCAAUGCCGGAGGAGUCUAAUGAUUUUUCACAGUACCAGCUGAAAGGCUUGCUUAAGAAAAACUACCUAAACCAGCACAUAGAAAAUGUCCAAAAGGAAAUGAACCAGCAGCACUCAGGACAAAUCCAGAGGCAAUACGAAGAUGAGGGAGGAUUUCUGAAGGAAGUGGAGUCAAGGAGAGUGGUCUCUGAAGACACCUCACACUACAUCUUGAUAAAAGGUAUUCAAGCUAGGAAAGUCAUGGAUGUGGAUUCGGAGGCUUCUCCUUCUUCCAGCAAAAUGCACAGCGUAUCAUCAUUUGACCUGAAGUCAUCAUCCCAUGAGAAAGUGAAGCCAGAGAAAGAGCCAGAGGCCACACCUCCUUCUCCAAGAACUUUACUGGCUAUCCAGGCAGCCAUGCUGGGAAGUAGCUCAGAAGAUGAGCCAGAGAGUGGAGAGAGGAGGCAGUCUGGGGAGAGGAACUUGUGGGCUACUGCGGAUGCAGGCUCCAUAUCGCCACAGACCCUCGCAGCCAUUCAGAGAGCUCUGGACGAUGAUGAAGAUGGGAAAGUGUGUGAUAGGGGUGAUGAGCCGACAGGAAGGGCGUUGCUGACAGUGUUGGGUGAUGAUGAAGAUGAGAAAGUGUGUGCCAGGGGUGAUGAGCUGGCAGUGAGCACACUGCUUGGAAAUGUGCCAGACCAGGAGCACAGUGAUGGAGUUGUCGUAAGAGAUGGAGCCUUGCCAUUUGCCGCAGUCCCUCUUUUACCCACCUUGACUGUGGUAAAGGAGGAUGUGGUCAGCUCCAGGAGUGAAGAAAAACAGACAGCCUCAGCUCAUUGGUUGAGUACUGCUUGUCAUCAAGCUGGUGAAGGUUAUGCUCCAAAAGAACAAAUGUCUCUUACUCAUGCGGCGGAUGAAGCGUCUCAGAUAAGCAGUGACUAUGAGGUUGAAGGUAAACAAACUUCCCUUCAAUCAGCAAGCACAGAACUUCCAUGCAGUGAUGGCUCUGGGCUCCUCAGCGAAAGGAAACUGACCCUGGUACCUCCAGUAAGAACACAUUCUGAUCAGAAGAUAGACACACAUCCUGAAGAGUCUGAGCUGCAGAAAGGUCUCUACCCACCUGAGAAUAAAUGUGUUUCCUCUUGUUUUUCAAGUGAUGAAACAGAAAGUAGGCAAAAUCCUGCUCGGAGCACAGUUCAUGUCCCUUCAGAGGCAAUGGGUAACUUAGGAAAGACUGAUGAGCAUGGGGAUUCCCUGAGAGCCAUCCAGCAGCUGGAGAUGCCUCAAGCUGCUGCCAGGGAGUUGAUUUCAGUUCCAAAGCCCAUGGAACCAAAGGGAAUGGAGUCUGAAGAAAGCGAAUCUGAUGGAAGUUUCAUUGAGGUGCAGAGUAUGAUCAGUGAUGGUGAACUUCAAACAGAUUCAUCGGAGGCUUCUAAACCUCCCUCUGAACAAGAUGAAGAGGAACCAAGAGGAACACUGGUGGAAGAAACCCCCAGGGAUACAGAACACCUCCUACAGGACAGCUUUGACAGUGAAGACUUGGCCAAGGAAGAAUACAACAAAGCUGACAGAGAUGCUGAGGACUCGCCUAAUGAAUGGCUAGAUAUUAAUCUGGAGGAACUAGACAGCCUGGAGAGUAACCUCUUAGCAGAACAAAAUUCACUGGAAGCUCAAAAACAGCAGCAAGAACGGAUCGCUGCCUCUGUAACAGGCCAGAUGUUUCUGGAAAGUCAAGAACUCCUGCGCCUGUUUGGCAUUCCCUAUAUCCAGGCUCCCAUGGAGGCAGAGGCGCAAUGUGCCAUCCUGGACCUUACUGAUCAGACUUCUGGGACUAUCACUGAUGAUAGUGAUAUCUGGCUUUUUGGGGCCCGGCAUGUCUAUAAGAAUUUUUUUAACAAAAACAAGUUCGUAGAGUACUACCAAUAUGUGGACUUUCACAACCAAUUAGGAUUGGACCGGAACAAAUUAAUCAAUUUGGCUUAUCUACUGGGCAGCGAUUAUACUGAAGGGAUCCCAACUGUUGGCUGUGUAACAGCCAUGGAGAUUCUCAAUGAAUUUCCCGGACGGGGCCUGGACCCGCUUCUAAAGUUCUCAGAGUGGUGGCGUGAAGCUCAAAACAGCAAGAAGGUUGCAGCCAAUCCCCAUGACACCAAAGUAAAAAAGAAGUUACGGAAGUUGCAGUUGACACCUGGCUUCCCAAACCCUGCAGUUGCAGAUGCUUACCUCAGGCCUGUUGUGGACGACUCCAGGGGAUCGUUUCUAUGGGGCAAACCUGAUGUUGAUAAGAUUAGAGAAUUUUGUCAGAGGUAUUUUGGUUGGAACAAGAUGAAGACAGAUGAAUCCCUUUUUCCAGUACUAAAGCAACUGAACAUGCAGCAGACCCAGCUACGGAUUGAUUCUUUUUUUAGAUUAGCUCAACAGGAAAAACGAGAUGCCAAACACAUAAAAAGCCAAAGGCUUAACAGAGCUGUGACAUGUAUGCUAAGGAAAGAAAGGGAAGAGGCAGCUAGUGAGCUGGAGAAAGGUACUGAGGCCCUGGAUGAGGCAAAAGGGAAAACCCAAACAAGAAGCCUGAUGAGCCCAAGAGAGACAUCAGUCCCCAAAAGAAGGAGGUCUUCAGGAAGUGGUGGGUUUCUGGGGGACCCCUGCCUCUCAGAACCCCCCGGGGAUUCAAGUGACGAUACAGAAAGCUCUUCUGUGAUGUGCAUACGGCGGAGAAGAACAGCUAAAGCUGAGUCCUCAACGGGCAGCUGCUCGGAUUUGCCCGAAGUAGUGAGAAAUGCUCACGGAAGGGAUGGUUGUAUGUCCACUAGCAGCUCCAGUGAGGACGAUGGAGACAAAGCCAAGGCUGUCCUAGUGACUGCUAGACCUGUAUUUGGGAAGAAAAAAGGGAAGCUAGUGAAGAGAAGGAAAAGGAAAGCCCAAUUUAACAAGGCCAUCAAUUUGGAAGAACAAUGUUUGCAAUGAAUUAUGUAUUGAGAGAAUAAGAUUAAAUCUAUUUGUAUAAUCUUCA